AUGGAUGAGGUUGGCGCAGCGCUGCCAACAGACGAGCACACUACAGAGAGUGCCAUCGUGGCAGGCGUCAGCACCUUCCCAUCCCCAGGACAACUCACUCCAGAGCACGUCUGCAUGGAGGAUAUCAGCAUCCAGCUAAUCAACGUCGAGUCCAUACAGCAAACAAUCAGAACGCAUGGAUUGAAUUUGGAGAAGUCCAACGAGACAACAGUCUUCGAGCUUAAACCACGCCUUCCAAUCCCGGAAGACCUUCAGAGCAGCCUGCGGGAGACUCUUGCUGCGCACGCUCGACCUUCGAUUCCAAAACUUCACAUCCUCCAACUUCCUGAUGAGCUUUUGAUGGAGAUCUCUGAAAAUGCGAGAGGCGUCUUCGACUUCGAGGACGAUAAUUAUUCCAUCGCUGGUAUCAAAGACAUCAAGAGCCUUCGUCUGACAUUCAAACAUCUCGACAGGGUCUCUCGUCACCCCACCAUUUCCAAGGGCAUACGAUCGCUGCAGAUCUUCGUUGGCCUAUACCGUCCUAUUCCUGAAAGCAACCUGCAAAACUUUAUCACCGAAGUUCUUAGGAUAAUGCGUGAGGACCACCAGGGCGAUCUCAGUUACCUGCAACAUUAUGCGCAGGAGUUUGAGCCCGAGCCAGAUUUCGAGGCCUCAAAUCGCCCCUCCCCUCAAGACCAUGAGUACUUGUACGAAAAUGUCGACGAUUUAGGAAAGCGCGAGAAACUCAUACGGUUAUAUAUCAACUUUUUGCGAAAUGAGACAUCUGAAUCAGAUGAGGAUCAAAACAUAGCCAUCUUGCGCCAAGCUUACAAAUACCACAAGCUGAGACUCAGCGAGAAGCGGGUCAAAGAUCUUUCCGGUGGGCAGGCCAGAGUAUCCAAACUCGUGUCUUUAUUUUUGAACGGCACAAACCUCAGGUCUGUAACUCUCAGCUUUAACUGCUGGCAGUCUUCUCAAACAGACGAACGCUCGAGUCUUGAACCAUUGCUUGCAUUGCUUCCCUGGGUCAAUCUCAAGAGAAUAUCACUGGCCAAUGGCUACUUUCAGUAUGAUGAGCUCAGCAAGCACCUCGAGAAGCUGAAGCCUGGAACCUACAUCGACAUGGACGGAGUGCAUCUGCUGAGCGGCCUUUGGGCUGACCUUCUUGAUGUGCUCCGCUUGAAGGCCGACUGCGACUCAACUGUGAGAGACUCGACGGGCAACGACGAUGAAGAAUUGGACUACACAUAUCGAGGCAAUUUCAUCACGUGGGAUGACACACCAAACCUUGCCACUGCAUAUAUCAGAGGCGACGUCUUCCAAAACCCUUUGCGCUCACCUCCAGCCCAAGACAACACAGACCAAGAUGAUGUGGACCAAGACCACAUGGGCGCGGAAAACUGA